AUGACAGAACUUGAGAAACAUAUUCCGGAUCUCCACGUUUUAAUAUCCACUCCUUUCCACCCGGCAUACAUGACUGCUGAAAGAAUCAAGAAAGCCAAGAACCUGAAGCUUCUCCUCACGGCUGGUAUUGGCUCGGAUCACAUCGAUCUGCAUGCAGCUGCAGCUGCUGGUUUGACAGUGGCUGAAGUCACUGGAAGCAAUGUGGUCUCAGUAGCAGAAGAUGAGCUCAUGAGAAUCCUAAUCCUCAUGCGCAACUUCGUACCAGGGCACCAACAAGUCAUCAACGGUGAGUGGAAUGUUGCAGGUAUUGCGUACAGAGCUUAUGAUCUAGAAGGGAAGACAAUAGGAACUAUGGGAGCUGGAAGAAUCGGAAGGCUUCUACUACAACGGUUGAAACCAUUUGGAUGUAACUUAUUGUACCAUGACAGGCUUCAGAUGGAACCGGAGCUGGAGAAAGAGAUUGGAGCUAAGCACAUGGAAAAUCUAAAUGAAAUGCUUACUAAAUGUGAUGUCGUAGUCAUCAACACUCCUCUUACAGAGAAGACAAGAGGCAUGUUCAAUAAGGAGAUGAUAGCAAAAAUGAAGAGAGGCGUUUUGAUAGUAAACAACGCAAGAGCGGCCAUCAUGGAGAGGCAAGCAGUCGUGGAGGCAAUGGAAAGUGGACAUAUUGGAGGGUACAGUGGAGACGUGUGGGACCCACAGCCGGCGCAUAAAGACCAUCCAUGGCGUUACAUGCCUAACCAAGCUAUGACUCCUCACAUCUCCGGCACCACUAUCGAUGCCCAGAUACGAUAUGCAGCAGGGACAAAAGAUAUGCUGGACAAAUACUUUAAGGGGGUAGACUUCCCUGUCGAGAACUACAUCGUCAAGGACGGUGAACUUGCUUCUCAGUAUAAAUAA